AUGAAGAGUUUUCCACAAAUUCGGGACUCUUCCUGCAUAGGAUCCGUGCAGGGCGCGCUCCCGAGGCCCCUCUUUAACAACUGUGCGCGCUCCGGCUGGUACUUAACGCCUGGUGUCUGGUCGCUGCUCAGGAGCGGUGCCAAUGUGUACGUCGAGCUGGCGAGGGAAAGACUGACAAACGGGGAUCCUGCGUCCAUCGCCGCGACACACACCCACGCGUGUACCCGCCGUGAACCCGGGGACAUUUCUUCCGAGGUCCCACCGAUUCAAGAGCAGACGAAAGCCUUAUUUGAAAAUCUUAUGGACGAAGAAAUGAGUCGCCAGACCGCCACCGCGCUGCCCACAGGAACCUCCAAGUGCCCCCCCUCUCAGCGCGUGUCCACCCUGUCCGGCACCACCGCCUCCAACAGCGACCUGGCCAGCCUGUUCGAGUGUCCGGUCUGCUUCGACUAUGUGCUGCCCCCCAUCCUGCAGUGUCAGUCCGGACACCUGGUGUGCUCCAACUGCCGGCCCAAGCUCACCUGCUGCCCCACCUGCAGAGGGCCGCUGGGCUCCAUCAGGAACCUGGCCAUGGAGAAGGUGGCCAACUCGGUCCUGUUCCCCUGCAAGUACGCCUCCUCGGGCUGCGAGGUCACGCUGCCGCACACCGAGAAGACGGAGCACGAGGAGCUGUGCGAGUUCCGGCCGUACUCCUGCCCCUGCCCCGGCGCCUCCUGCAAGUGGCAGGGCUCGCUGGACGCCGUCAUGCCCCACCUGAUGCACCAGCACAAGUCCAUCACCACGCUGCAGGGGGAGGACAUUGUGUUCCUGGCCACCGACAUCAACCUCCCGGGCGCCGUGGACUGGGUGAUGAUGCAGUCCUGCUUCGGCUUCCACUUCAUGCUGGUGCUGGAGAAGCAGGAGAAGUACGACGGCCACCAGCAGUUCUUCGCCAUCGUGCAGCUCAUCGGCACCCGCAAGCAGGCCGAGAACUUCGCCUACCGGCUGGAGCUGAACGGCCACCGGCGCCGGCUGACCUGGGAGGCCACGCCGCGCUCCAUCCACGAGGGCAUCGCCACCGCCAUCAUGAACAGCGACUGCCUGGUGUUCGACACCUCCAUCGCACAGCUGUUCGCCGAGAACGGAAACCUGGGCAUCAACGUCACCAUCUCCAUGUGCUGAGGCGCCGCCGGGGCGCCGCCGGGGGCGGGGGGGGGACCUGGGCGCCCCCCCUCCCCCCGCCUCACCCCUCUGGGACUCAGAACUGGACUGUCUGAGAGACAGAUGUGGGCUGAGACGAGC